UGCUUCUUCUUCUUCGUCGUCUUCGUCUCUUUGCUUUCCUUUGCUUUUUGUGCUGCUGUACGUUGGAGCUCGUUGCCAUGGGUGUGCCAGGGACUUCACAUUCUUGCGGUGAUGGUGCUCUCCCACCUACCAAUUUAGCCUACUUCGAUGACAUGAGGAAGCUCCACUCCAAUGCCAUUGUGGCUGGCGUCAUCACGUGUUACCUUUAAGUCUUGUUGAAGAAAUUGUUGCCACAGUGACGGGGUUUGGUGGCGCAUCUUCUUUACUAGAACGUCACUAGCCAUGGCGGGUGUCAUUUAUGUCACUUGGGAAGGAGAGCGGCUGGCAGUUGUGCUAGACCAGACCAUUUUACAUCCUCAGGGAGGAGGCCAACCAUUCGACACGGGCUCUAUUGAAGCUGUAGAUGGAACGAUCAAGUUCUGUGUCACCGAUGUUCGUACAAAGUCUGGUGUGGUAUAUCACUAUGGAAAUUACCAUGAGAACAGGGUGAUGGAGGCAACCGGCUUCGAGCCUGGACACGAAGUUAAAAUUUCUGUAGACGGCGCUCGACGUACACUUAAUUCCAGGCUACAUUCUGCUGGUCAUCUCCUGGAUGCGUGCAUGAGCAAUAUUGGACUUGGUUCACUGGAGCCUGGAAAGGGCUAUCAUUUUCCUGAUGGCCCUUUUGUAGAGUACAAGGGAACUAUUCCAUCUUCAGAUUUAGAAAACAAGCGAGAUGCUUUAGAAUCCGAAGCUAAUCAUCUGAUCGCGUUGGGCGGCCAGGUACGAGCAACAGUCGCAUCCUAUUCGGAAGCUGCAGCUUUGUGUGGUGGAAGAUUGCCCGACUAUAUUGCCAAGGAAAGCUGUCCAAGGAUUAUUUGCUUGGGUGAAAACCUGGGGUGCCCCUGUGGAGGAACUCAUGUUCUUGCCAUCUCUGAAAUUGGAGAAAUCAAGGUCUCCCAAAUUCGUGUGAGAAAAGGAGUCACCAAGGUGUACUACAAUCUGCCAAAAAGUGAGGCAUAAGUUUCAAUGCAAGUAGACUUCAUUGCAUUGAUUGAAUCAUAUAUUCUUCAUUUGGGUGGUCUCCUAUAAAAACAAUAAUGAAAGUUCAAAUCUCUCAAAAGAUAAUAUAUAUACAAGUAUUGGUUCUUCUCUUCUCACUA